CAGCAGUUGCUAUUAUUUCUGUCAUUGAAAAGCUUCGACAUAGAACUGUCAAAUAAUUGUUUUUGUGGUCUAAAAAGUUAAAAUUUGUAAUGUUACCUUUACGAUUAUCAACAAUGUCUACAGAAUUAUAUUCUUAGUGAAUGGAAGGAACAAAGUGAAAGUGUCUCCUAGUGUGAAGUUGUUGGUUUCGUUUUUGUCCCGUUAUUGACUACUAUUCCACAGACAAAGCGAAGCCAUUAUCAUUGUUUGUAAACAAUAUCUUGGACACUACCAAAAUCCUGAAUAUUAUUAGAUACCACUAAUAAUUUGUGUUUGUUCUUAAUUAUUUUAUAAGAAUUGAUAUUUGUGCUGCUACAAAACUCUGAGUUUGUUGAAUCUUGGUAUCUAUUACGAGCAAGUUCUAUUCUGUUUGUGCUCAAUCAUUGUGAUGUCCCUAAAGAUUUCGACAAAAGAAAAAAUUUAUCAGAUAAUACCAGGCUUCAAUCUUCUUCAUUCACGACGAAAAGGAAUCUUUCUUCAUCCCAAAAUAAUGUUCAAGAACUUUCAUCAUCUAAUAAAUUGGCUUUGUUCGACAAGUUCAAUAUCAUUGUAAAUUCAACUAUUGGAAAUCCAGUACCUGCCAAAAACAUUUACAAGAUUAUUUUUAAAGACUGAUUUCUCACUCAAUAUAUUUUUUAUAUAAGCCAUAGGCUGUGAUAAAGUGAUUUUAAGUUUGUCUUUAUAAGUCAUCGCAAAAAUGAAGCUUCUUGAGAGUACACUCUUUGAAGCUCUAAACAGUGCAUUAUCAAUUGACUGCGGAGACAGUAAAAUUUUAGGAAGAGUUGAAAGUUACUCUUGUAAAAUGGCUGGAGGGGAUAAGCAGCUGUACAAGCGAUUCAAUUCAGAGCAAGGGAUGAAUCCUCAAGACCUACAAGCGCUUUCACCUCCACAAACUAGCCUUGGAGUGUCGCCUGGAUGUCAAAUGCAGUACAGUCGAAGCGUAUCUGGUGACGAAGAGGGUCCGUUAUGUGACACAAUCAGUAGGAAGACUCUGUUCUACCUGAUCGCAACCCUUAACGCUGCCUUCCAGCCGGAUUAUGACUUUUCCAAUGCUAAGAGCCAUGAGUUCAGCAAAGAGCCAAGCCUACAGUGGGUGAUGAAUGCAGUGGACAGCAACCUGAGUGCUGCCGCUGGAGAACAGUACAGGUCGCUGCGAUCUCACCUGUGGUCCGCCAUUGAGGACGAGAUCUCCAUGUCCGAUUGUGACAUCUACAGUUACAAUCCAGAUCUGAUGUCAGAUCCAUUCAGCGAGGAUGGGUCGCUCUGGUCGUUCAACUAUUUCUUCUACAACAGAAAGUUGAAGCGUAUUGUCUUCUUUUCUUGCCGUGCGAUCAACCCAAUUCAUGCUAUGGAUUCAGGAAUCGGAAGUGAUUUUGUGAUGGAUGAAGAUGAAGAAGACUUCUACUAAAAGAACGUCACGUCGCCAGCAAGUACAGUCUUCAUUAGCCACAAUGAUCAUUCAUUAGAUCUAGAUUAUAAAUGCCCUCAGUAGUGUUAAGGAUUGUUAAGUAAACUUUUUAAUCAUUCAAUAAACUUUUGUAACAUAUUUUCCGCGUAACUAUUUCGAUAGAACUAUUUUUGUUUCUGAAAUCCUUGAACAUCCUUGAACGAUUAUUUAUUUAUAUUAUUGAGUUCUAUUACUAACUAUAUUACCGACCAAGAAAUUAGAUGACCACCCUCUCGAUUCUUUCACUCCUGAUCUGUAUUGGAUAUUGCCAUUAACAGUGCUGAAAAGCUAUGCGUGUUAUAAGUUGCACAGUGUUUCGAGGAAUUCGCCUAAUUUCUUGGUCGCAAGUUUAGUAAACUUAUCUAAUUAUUAUUGAUGGUAGUAAGUAAGUCUCAUAAAAGCAAUGUUAAAUUCGCAGAGUCUUUGUUAGAGGGAUAAGAAGAUGCUUGCAGUAUAUCAUAUUUAUGAUAAAAUAUGAAGGGUAAUGGGAGAUUAUAUACCCUCUUAGUUUUCAUUGUUCUCAACUCAUUGUUAAAAUUCCGAAUUGAAUUAGAAAAUUCUGAAUACUGAAUCAUUCUAAAAUUGGAUUUACAAAACAAUAAAAACUAAGAGCUUAAAUUUAUAUGCUCUCUCUUUAUCAAGUGUAAGCUUUCCACCUCCAGAUUGAUUCUCAAAUCUGAAUUUAACAUUCUUUUUAUGAAACAUUUAUAUCAUGAAGUAAUCAUUGCGUGUUUUUUUUGUAGUAAUCAAUUCCGUAUCAUUAUGCUAUUCGAGUUUUAAUAUAGAGUAAAAUCAUAGGCAUUAGUGAACUUGUGACCAGUAUUUUGUAAUUUAUUUUGUUAUAAUAUUUUUCAUUAGUUAGAAAAUAAUUAACCAUCAAAAUCUGAAUCUGACAGAAGCAGAUAAGAAAAUAAAUGAAAGAUUCUUUUCAAGUAGCAGAAAAAUAAUAUUAUACUACUGAGGGCUUAAUUAAUAUUACUGUAAUAGCAUCUGUACACGCAGAAUUCAAUACAUUUCAAUCAGUUAUAAAUGUUAUUCUCCUGCACAAGUAUUAACUCGUCUCAACUAACAUUAGCAGUUUUGAAAGUGUUACUAUACAAAAGGCAAUAGAACUUGUUUUAUUCUAAUCGAUAAGCUUUAAGAAUAUCUUCGUAAUUGUAAGGGUUUUAUCUAUUUUAGUGUAUUGAAUUUAGAAUAGGACACCAAAAUUCUCACAAUUUUCAAGGUUCUGAUGUUAUUGCGUGUACUAAAACUUGCAUAUUGAGAGUAGUUGGUCUUUAGAAUUAUUAAUAUUAGAAGUAGUUGUAGUUGUAGAUUUUACUGAUUCUAAUUCCAACCUCAGUUUAUGAAAAUGCGUAAAACAUGCAUAUUGAGGUGAACAAGUUAUUGUUCUACAUAGUAUGAUUCACAAUUUAAUUAAUUUUUCAAUAGUCUGCCGUUGAAGUAUUCUCAUAAGGUGUUAACAUAUAUUUAAGUUUGUGUUAUGAAGUUGCAAUCUGUAGAUUAAGAUAGUUGCAAACUAUUCUCAUCGCAUGGUUUCACAUUUCGAGUCUCUAGUGUUCUUAAAGAGCUCUUACUGAAUAAACUCAUAAGCAUUAUUUUCUCUGGCAUUCUCAUUCAUUCACGUGUGAAUCACCGUUUCAAGGUAAAUGUGAUAUUUGUAUUGCAAAUAAAAUAAAAAUGUCAAGGAAAUGAAACACAAGGAAAAUGUCAUUCGUCCAAUUUAAAUAAAUUUAUCCAAUACGUCCGAUGCUGUCGAACGCGUUUUACAUUGUCGCGAAUUAAUUGAAGUUUGUUGUUAACUAUCAGUUUGAUGUAAAAAAUUUUGUUGGAAGAAUUCAAACUACAUGAUUUUAAUUGAAUCACCCUCUUUCCAAUCAGUUCACCCAUGUAAUGGGUUGAAAAUAUUUCCGCAGAAUUCUCUUGUCUUAAAAAUAUCUAACCAAUUUCAAAUUUCAAGACUCCAAACAAAUUUGAUUUUUGUGCUAUCUAUGAUGUUUUCGAUGAUGAAAUGGUACUGAUAAACCCAAUGGUCUCAUCCUCCUACUACCUCACUCUUAUUUUUGAUUGGCGCUCCCAAAACUGUAUGUUUAAUAACUAAAACCACUAUUCACUAAAAUAUAUCCUCUGAAAAUUAGAUUCAUUUCAUGAUUAUAGUUUUAGUAAAAAUAUUUUUUGUUUUGUUCAAAUAUUUAUGUAUUUGUGCGAAUUAUCCCCGGUGCAAGCUAGAAUGGCAUAAAAUAUGCUAUCAGUUUCUCAUUGUAAAUUAAUUAUAAUAAUGAAAAUUCAUUGUCGUUCAGGUUCAUGCAACCGUAGUAGACAGGAUUUUUUUUGUUCAUUUUCUAUGUGUGUUUCUUUGGAAAACUAAUGUAAUUAUAUCGGAUUAUGUGCCCUUGAGACUCCUAUUCGUCAUUUAUAUUAUUCAAUUAAAUUGUUUAAGGUACUUAUCUCCUUGAUUUGAUAAAUUCUUUAGCUAUGAUUGUGUUUUGACUUCGAUUGUAUAUAAAGAUUUUAUUCAUUCAAUAUUAUUUUGGAAAAUGGUCUACGGUACUUCUCUUACAAUUUUUCCGGUACUUUGUGUUAAUAUGUUGUUUUCAUUUAUAGUUUGUUAAUAAUAAUUUCCGUAAGUAAUGUUUAAAUUUAAUAUACGUGGUAAAAUGGUGGUAUGCAUUAUUCCUAUUUUAAUCUGACAAAAUCAAUGUAUUAAUUUAAAUUAGUGGUUGCUGAUAAGCUAUGGAUAGCUCAGCAAUCGUUUCUCAACCAGUAAAUUGAUACACCACUGUCAAUGUGACUAUUGUAAUAGUUAUGAUUAGUAAGUGAUGUAAGCUUUUCUUGAUGCUAGAAAUUCCAUUAGCAACUAGAGAGCAUUGAUAAAUGCGUCAUAACGUUGUCUUUCCUCUUCUUGAAUCUAACUCUUUUGGAAUUUAAUUUUCCGAAACUAUGAAGCUUGAUGUAUGAAUAAAAAUAAUUUUUAAGAUUUAUAAAUAUAUGUAUGUAUAAUUUUAUCCAAUGAGAUUAUUCAUAUUAUAUUAUUUCAGUAUAAGGCACUCAAGUAUAUGUUUCUAUACUAUUUUUAAAACCACAAUUCAUAAUAUUAAUAUGUUCGAUUACGUAAGUGGUCUAUAAAGUUAAAUGAUUGAUAAAGGAUUUCUAAUAAGUAAUAAGUGACAGAUACGUUUUUGAUAUAUUAACACACGAAAGCACCGAGCACUGACAAUUUAUGAAUAACUUGAACAAAGAUCUGUACUAGAUUUCGAUCAUUAUACACUGUUCAGUAUUAUAAUAUUUUUUUAUCAAUUCAAUAUGAAUUCAUCUAGUAACAUUUUAACUAAGUUAGCUAUGUAGGUUGUAGGAAAAGAGUUUCAAUUCUUACAAUUUAGUUUUCCUUUAUUUUUCUUCUUCUUAAUAAAAUACUUUCAUGUUAUUCAACCCACAAAAAAUGAUAAGUACUUCUACUAAUCAUUGAAUAAAUGAAUCAAUGUAAGGAAGUGAUUUCAAGUUGUUCAGCUUUUUUCGAUUUGGAAAUUAUGAUCAUCCAUUUCCACUCGCCUGAUUAGGCUGCCAAUUUAUUCAAUUCAAUCUGAUGUCGAUGUCAUAGAAUUUGCAACAGAUCAACGUUGAAUUAUUCUGAAUGAGGCUUGAAAUUUAAAAAAUGUAGUUUUUGCUUUCAAAAUAUUCAUCGAAAUUUGAAGAAUAUUUUGUUCUAAAAGAGGAAUUAGCCCAAAUUACAUUGAAGACUUGGAAACUGUUUUUAGUGUAAGUGGUACCUGACUUUUUUACAAUAAUUGUAGACUAAGAAAAACCUCUUCCAAGUCUUGUGUAGAAAGCUCAUUGAUAGAAUUUAAAUUCUUGAGAAUAGUUUUGUUUUGAAUUAAACGAUAUCCCACCCGUAUGUCCUGCUCAAUAAUUUACAAUCUGUUUGAAAAUAUAAGCUUAUAACUUACUCUUCAUCUAUGUGUAAUACCUACUUAUGUUUGAUGUAAAUUUUAAAAAUAGCAGUACCGUAUCAUAGAGUUUAAUAUGUAUUCACUAAUAGUUUUAUCGAUUUUAAAUCUUGAAAUUGUGGAAGGAACAUUUUAAAUAAUAUUUUCUUUAUUCGUAGUCUAAUAGAUUAUACCUUGUAAGUUUACGAAAUAAAAAAUGAAAAUGCGUAGAUGUAA